UUUUGAGACAACUCGCGCAAAAAUGCCUGUGCCGAGUGCAGAUGAGCUGGCUCGACGGAAAAAGCUCGAAGUCGGUCCAGAAACUGUGAGCAACCAAGCUUCUACAGACUUCCCGGGUCAUUGGCCGGGCGAGAACCAUGAGUGGAAUUUAGAUUACUUUAGAGAGAACUUCCAAGUCCAGUUCCACUCCCAAGAACCGCUCGACCUCUCCUUCUCCCUCAUCGGCAUCGACACCUCCGUCGCCAACGCCUUCCGCCGCAUCCUCCUCGCCGAAAUCCCCACCCUCGCCAUCGAAGACGUCUUCAUCUACCAAAACACCUCCAUCAUUCAAGACGAAGUGCUAGCCCACCGUCUCGGCCUGAUCCCACUCUGCGGAAACCGCGACGGCCUACAAUGGAUGAAAUGGUACCAGAAGCCGACCGAGGAGAGCGAGGGCUCCGGCCCCCAACCAUCGGACUACAAUGCCGCGGUGUUGAACCUGGACAUCGCGUGCACCUGGCAAGAGGGCGGCCUGGAGCGGGCGGUAAGGGGCGAGACGGAUCCGGACAAGCUGUACGUGAAUCAUAACGUCUAUGCGCGCGACAUAGUGUGGCAGCCGACCGGGAAGCAGGAGGAUUGGUUCCCCGAGGGAGACGGCAUCAGGCCCGUGCAUCCAGACAUCUUGCUCGUGAAGAUGAGGCCGGGGCAGCAGAUCCAGCUUAUGAUGCACGCAUUCAAAGGUAUCGGACAGGACCACGCGAAGUUCUCCCCCGUGGCGACUGCUUCAUACCGACUACUACCCACCAUCGACAUCAUCAAACCCAUCGUCGGCGCCGACGCAAAGAAAUUCGCGCGCUGCUUCCCAAAAGGCGUCAUCAAGCUCGAGGAAGUCACAUCCGCGGACGCGCAGAAAGCCCCAGAGCUGGGCGGUAAAGAGGGCGAGCCAAAAGCCGUCGUGGACGACCCCAUGAAGGACACCGUGAGCAGGGAGUGCUUGCGGCAUCCCGAGUUUAAGGACAAGGUGAAGCUAGGGCGGGUGCGGGAUCACUUUAUCUUCAGGAUCGAGAGCACAGGCCAGUGGGACAGCGAUGAAUUGUUCCUAGAGAGCGUACGGUUAUUGAAGGUCAAAUGCCAGCGGAUAAAGCGGGGCUUGGAUGAGAUGAUGAAGUAAGCGCUUGAUGGGGGAAGGGGCGACGAGGUAUAUGCAUUGCAGGCGUUCACGGGCAUGGAAGGCUGGAAAAAGUCUUAUGAUAUCACGAAGAGCGCAUGUGCGAUAUAGAGAGAUGCUAACCUUUCAAUACGUAUCACAC